AUGCGGGGGCAGGGAGCCCGGGGCGGGGCUGGCGGGGGGCUGCGGGUCAGGGCUGAGGGGCACCGCUCACCCCGCUCUCUCCCACAGUUCGCCGUCCUGCUCACCUGUAUCUUCCUGGUGGAGAUCGCGGCUGCCAUCGCCGGGUACAUCUUCAAGGACAAGGUCCGCACCGUGCUCCAGGGCGGCCUGGAGGAUGCCAUGAAGAAAUACAGCAAGGACCCACUGGUAGCGGAGACCAUGGAUGAACUGCAGAAGAAAUAUUCCUGCUGCGGCGCCCGUAACUACACAGACUGGUUCGACUACGAUCCGUUCAAAGGCAACAACACCGUCCCCAAAUCCUGCUGCCAGGCGAACGCCACCAUGGCCACCUGCAACGUCAGUCCCACCCCUGACACCAUCAACGUCCGAGGCUGUGCGGAGAGCAUCGAGGCCUGGCUGAAGAAACAUAUCGUGAUAGUGGCGGCCGUGGCGCUGGGCAUCGCCUUCUUCGAGCUCCUGGGCAUCGUCUUCGCCUGCUGCCUCAUGAAGGGGAUCCGGAGGGGCUACGAGGUCAUGUAGUGGCCGGGCGGGGUCGUCCUGCCCCAGCCAGGACUCCGGGGGGGGCUCUGCCCCUUUAAGCCGUCAGACCCGCCUUCUUUCCGCAGCGCCCCCUGGUGGGCAGCUCCUGUCCUUCAGCGGUUACCGUAUUUCCCCUAAUGGACGGGCAGCAGGUGCCUUAAAUAUUUGCCAAACCCCCUUCCCCUUUUCUUACUUUAGCUGCCCCUCCCCCGCACCUCUCCAGUGUCGGGGGAGGGGAGUCCGGGGGGCUUCUCUGCCUUUGGGGGGAGGGGGGAAUGUUGAUAUGUUUGAAGAUGUUUUGGGGGGGCACAAUAUUUUGAAAAUAAAAAGCUUCCCCGGA